AUGCCUACCUCACGAACCAUCUCCGUGGUCGGAUGCCAUGCCGAGGGUGAAGUCGGGGAUGUGAUAAUCGGCGGGGUACUCGACGUCCCCGGAAAGACCAUGUUCGAGAAGCGACAGCACUUCCUAUACAAGCAAGAUGAGGUAAGGUCUCUUCUCCUCAACGAGCCUCGAGGACGGCCAGGCAAGCAUGUGAACCUGGUCCUUCCUCCCUGCGAUCCCCGCGCUGAUGUCGGGUUGUUAAUUAUGGAAAACGAAGAAUAUGCACCGAUGUCGGGGUCCAACAGUAUAUGCACGGUCACAGUGCUCUUAGAAACCGGCAUGAUCGCUAUGAAAGAGCCCGUGACGGAGCUUACGCUUGACACUGCGGCGGGGCUUGUCAAAGUGAGGGCUGAGUGCCAGGGCGGCAAAUGCAGGAGCGUGGCCUUUGAUAACGUCCCGUCAUUCGUUUUCCAGCUUGAUUACAAGAUAGACGUUCCUGACCUGGGCACCGUAUCAGUGGAUAUUGCCUACGGAGGCAUGAUGUAUAUACUCGUCGACGCGACAUCCCUGGGUCUGAGAAUCCGGAACGCCGAAGGUCCCAAGCUGGUCGAGGUUGGCGAGAAGAUCAAGAAGGCGGUUGGCGCAGCCUACGCCCCGGCACAUCCCGAGAACCCUGAUAUCUUUGGCUAUAGCGUUCUCGAGUUUACUGAGCCUGUCGAAGACCUUCCGGACGGCAGCGGCAAGACGGCGAUUAACACCGUUGUUACGUCUCCAGGCAGAUUCGAUAGAAGCCCUUGUGGCACGGGUACCUCGGCCCGUCUAGCCGUCUUACAUGCUCGAGGACAGAUUGCCGUAGGGGAGAAGUUUGUGCACCGGAGCAUCUUGGGAACCCAGUUUAUCACGCAUAUUAGGGGGACGACUAAUGUUGCCAAUUACCCGGCCGUGCUGCCAACUAUCCAGGGUCGGGCGUGGAUCACAGGUUAUCAGACGGUCGUGCUAGACUCGGAGGAUCCCUUCCCCCAGGGCUUUCGUGUUGGUGAUCAAUGGCACGGUAUGAUCUAG